AAGGGACAUUGACAUUGACAACAAAAAGCCAUUUGACGCUGUCAUACUUAACAAGCAGAAUACUUUAAAGAAUUUAGAAUAAUGGCUGAAGAUUACAAUGUUUUGAAAGACCUACAGAGUCACCUUAGAACUGCACAAGUUCCAAUAGAACAGAUGUCAACUCUGGCCCAACAGGGUGAUGAUAAGCUUGUAGAAGAUUUUUUAACAGAGAACAUUAAAGUACAGGGAAGUGACACAGAGGUGUUACAAAGCCAGUUAUAUAUAGCAUGUUUUUGGGGUAUGAAGGAAGUUGUACAAGAAAUCUUAUCCAAAAGAAUCUCACCAAAUUGUCAGAAUAAAGGUACACUGUGGACACCUCUACAUGCAGCUUGUUUUCAGGAACAUGGACCUAUAGUCAUGAUACUAUUAGAGGCAGAAGCACAACCAGAACUACCUGAUUCUGAGGGAAGGACUGCAAAAGAUUUUGCCUCAGCGUCAGAUAAAAUAUGGCCACAUUUUGCAGCAUUAAAUCUACAAAGAACACACAAAUGGGAGCUUGUUGAUAAAGGGGUCAUUAAAAAGAUUUCCAGUAAUCAGUUAAAUAACCAGACAAGACGAAGUGGUCAUGGAAUAAGACUGGCUGCUAACAGUCGUCCAGAAUCGGCCUAUGCUUACAACAGUGAUCCUUUCAUCCAUGCAGCAGUAACAGGGGACGUGUUAGCCGAUCAAGAGGAAAAAAUGUCUGGUCAACAACUACAACCUCAGUUCUCAUUAUGGAGAUGAUACAUUUUCUAGUCAGAAAUCAUGUUUGUUUAAUGUUAUUUUAUCCAUUGUCACACUCAUUGAAACCAGGGUAUGCAUAGCAAGGACUACCAUGUCAAUAAAUGAUCCAACAAAAGUUCUAAAUGACCACAAUAACAAUGAUGUAGCUAUAAAUAAUGAUAGCAUGUUUGUAUGAUAUAAAAUAAGUCAGUACACUAGGCAUACCCUCGAUAAAACCAGGGCUAAAUAUAUGAUGUAUCCAAUGUUGACUGUUUGUGGUAGAGAUUCAUUUGAAAAAAAACAAAAGGGAUCCUAGCCAAUGAAUCCUUUCAUACUAAUGCUUGAGUUACAGUCAAUUAAAUCAUUUAGAAGUUAGUUGAUUAUAUGUAAGAAAAUUUGUUCCAUUGGUAAUAAUUUCUUUUGCUUGAAAAUUUUAAUUCUACAAAAAUAUGUUUUUUUAAUUAAAUGUAUUUCCUGUUACAUGGUUAAAGUAAGAUUACAGGGAUUUCAUUUGUUCAUUUAUGUGCUUCUAUAAGUGUGUUAACAUCUGGUAUAAACAAAAUAAAAAGUUAAAUUCUACCUGAGUUGGCACAAUUAAGGUAAAUUCUGAUAAACAAGAAAGGUAAAAUUUCCUACUUGAAAAAUUAAGAUGAAGUGUAUUGCAAGGCUUCCAAAAUGGUCAUAUAUUCCGGACAUUUGUAUAGAGUCCGGUAAAAGUCCGGCUGGGCAAAGCAUGAAACGGUCAUCUACUUUUUAGUUUUCAAGGCUUUCUUGCUUUGCUAUCACUUGGUAAAAAAACAUUAUAGAGUGCUGACUGUGUUCCUGAAGAUUAUAAUGCAUUUAUAUCAUCAUAGUUAUUGACAUACAUCCAUAAUUGUCAUUGAAGAAUACUCUUAUACUUUUAUUUUACAGUUAUUAUGAUUAGUUGUAAAAUAAUGGAAAUAUGAUUCACUAUGAAUUUAGGACUAUCAUAAUACAGGAAUUCAUUUGUUACCUAAAUAAUUCACAGAAAUGAUGUUUUAAAAGUAGAAACCUAUCAUUUGUUAUAUAUCAAUUGCUUACUCUUUUUUUGGUGAGGUUUAAAUUUGUGGUUUAUUUUAAAUGUAUUAUAUGUGUUACAAACUAAAGAUUAAUUUACAAUAUGUUGUGCAAUCCAAGAUAUUCCUUUGUGUAAAAAUAUUAUUAGCAUUUUUCUAUUUCAAGUCUUAAAUAAGCUGUUUUAAAAAAUAGCAGGUAUUAAAACUUGAAAUGGGAACACAUUUGGUUAAAACAACCAGAAGUAAACCAUUUCUCAUUUCAAUACCUAACAAAUGUUUAAAUAAAGGUAGGUAAAUUCAAAUUGAAGGAACAGUUGCAAGAAAAUGACUAUCUCCUUAUUUGAAUUUGGUGUAAGGUUUUGUAAGACAUCAUUUUUUUGUCAAAUUUGAUGUACCAGAGCUUCAUGAACACAUAUAAAGUGUUGUUGCCAAAUCAAAUACGAUAGAGUUUGAUAUUAUUGUAAAUGUUGAUCUGUGGACAGACAUGAUUAUUGUAAAUGUUGAUCUGUGGACAGACAUGAUUAUUGAUCAAUGUCAUGUUAGAUCUGUGGACAGACAUGAUUAUUGAUCAAUGUCAUGUUAGAUCUGUAGACAGACAUGAUUAUUGAUCAAUGUCAUGUUAGAUCUGUGGACAGACAUGAUUAUUGAUCAAUGUCAUGUUAGAUCUGUAGACAGACAUGAUUAUUGAUCAAUGUCAUGUUAGAUCUGUAGACAGACAUGAUUAUUGAUCAAUGUCAUGUUAGAUCUGUAGACAGACAUGAUUAUUGAUCAAUGUCAUGUUAGAUCUGUAGACAGACAUGAUUAUUGAUCAAUGUCAUGUUAGAUCUGUGGACAGACAUGAUUAUUGAUCAAUGUCAUGUUAGAUCUGUAGACAGACAUGAUUAUUGAUCAAUGUCAUGUUAGAUCUGUGGACAGACAUGAUUAUUGAUCAAUGUCAUAGUUCUGUUGUACUUUUUCAUAAAAUUGUAUGAUCUUACAGUACCAUAUAAAAAAUAUGAGUUAAAUUCUUUUUUUUUUAAGUAGAUUAACUAUUGAGUAAAAGUCACAAAAAAUUUCACAGGAAAAAGUUUCUGAAUAUUCCAACAAUUUAGAUUUGAAUAUAAAUCGUUUUACAUUUUUGACAUAGUUAUUUUUUAUUUGAGAACAUUUCUACUGCCAUUUGUAUAUGAACAAAAGCUAUGUCAAAAUUGAUAAUAUGAUAUCUGGGACUUGCACAUCAUGAAGACGGUUCUGAGAUACAUGUAUUAUAUUGACAACAAGGUUAUCAACAACUUUGUGGGUCAUCUUAGGACUGCUAAAAGUGGUAAAAUUUUCAGGUUUAGCAAAUUAUAAACUUAACUUUAGAUCAGUUUAAAGAUUCUUUGAAAUAGUUCAAUUCAUUCUCUGUAUUGGGACAGAAAUCCAAAGAGACCUGGGUUCUCCGUCAUAAGACUUUACUUAGUACUCAGAAUACUUUAGAUCAGUUUAAAGAUUCUUAGAAUAUAGCAAAGUGCUCUCGACCAAUGAAAGUGUAGAAUUUGGUGUUCCUUAAUUGUGAAGAAUGAAUGUAAAUUAUGUUCUUAGUGAGGGAUUAUCCUUUUGUACAGGCCUAUUUACAGUUCAAAACAAAGAAUUUCUACGAAUGAGUUACAACUGCCUGAAUCACAUUUAUUAGGAUUAUUGAUUGAAAGUUCGAUUUUGAAGCAAACAAAAAUGAUAAAAAUAAGUUUAACGUUUACUUGUGCAGUACAAUUGAUACCGUUUGUGUUAUUAUGUGAAUAUUUAGAACUUUCAAGUUACAAAAAAAUAUCUUUGUGGGUCAUCUUAGGACUGCUAAAAGUGGUAAAAUUUUCAGGUUUAGCAAAUUAUAAACUUAACUUUAGAUCAGUUUAAAGAUUCUUUGAAAUAGUUCAAUUCAUUCUCUGUAUUGGGACAGAAAUCCAAAGAGACCUGGGUUCUCCGUCAUAAGACUUUACUUAGUACUCAGAAUACUUUAGAUCAGUUUAAAGAUUCUUAGACAUAGUUCAAUUCAUUCUCUGUAAAGGGACAGAAAUCCAAAGAGACCUGGGUUCUCAGUCAUAAGACUUUAAUUAGUACUCAGAAUACUUUAGAUCAGUUUAAAGAUUCUUAGACAUAGUUCAAUUCAUUCUCUGUAAAGGGACAGAAAUCCAAAGAGACCUGGGUUCUUGGUCAUAAGACUUUACUCAGUACUCAGAAUACAAAAUUUGUGCUGGAAACAGGUAAUCCAGUGUUUUGAUUUGUUGAUUUCUGAGUCUGAGUACAAUAAUAGUGCUGGAAAUUUUUAUGACCGUAAGCCAUGAGCCAUACAAAUAAGAUAAAGUCAUUAUUUUCUCUGAGAUGUGAUCGAUAGAAUUCACAGUAUUAUAUUUAUAUAUAAAUAUUACACAUCCCAAAUUUUUCAUUUUUUGUCUCGCCUUGACAGAGUCAAAAAGCGAGACAUUGGUUUGCUGUUUCCGGCGGUGGCAGUAGCAGCAUCAACAAUGUAUUAGUUUGUGAUUAGGUCUAGAUAUUUGGUAUGCAGUUGUAUUAGCAUUGACACAUUUCAUUUCCAUGGAGAUUAUUUAGCCCUGCCCCCUCAGUCAUGGUCUACUGACUUUGAAACUUUUGCUUAGUUUACAUGUAUUAGUUUGUGAUUAUGUCAGUUCAAGGGAACCAUUAGUGAUGGGCCAAUGUUAAUUGGUAUGCAGUUGUAUAAGCAUUAGCACAUCUCAUUUUCAUGGAGAAUAUUUUGCCCCGCCCCCUCAGUCGUGGUCAAUUGACUUUGAAACUUUUGCUUAGUUUACAUGUAUUAGUUUGUGAUUAGAUCAGUUUAAGAUGAAUGGCUAAUGUUAAGUCAAUGAUAUUUGGUAUGCAAAUUUAUUGGCAUUUUUAAGUCUUGUUUUCAUGGAGAUUAUAUAGCCCACCCCCUCAUCAUGGUUCAUUGACUUUGAAACUUUUUCAUAGUUUACAAGUUAAUGUUUGUGUUUAGGUUUGUUCAAAGGGAAUGAAUUAUGAUAAGUCAAUGGUAUUUGGUAUGCAGUUGUAUUAGCAUUGGCACAUCUCAUUUCCAUGGAGAUUGUUUAGCAUGAUGAUGUACCUUCAGACAUGGUUCAUUGACUUUGAAUAUUUGCAUAACCUACAUGUUAAAGUAUUGCUAUUUUAAUUUCAACAUUUGCAUUAUCAAAAUUACAAAAAGGCGAGACAUAUCUCUGUGUUAACAGUUUACCUAGUUUUGCAAUAAAUUUUUCUGUGAUAUUUUAUGUGUAUGUAUUUUUUAAUUUUUAACUGCCAUAUUUGACUUACCUUUUAAAUGAAUGUCAGAUUUGAUGUGUAUUAGAUUGUUUAGUUUAAGAUAGUAAUUGAUAUCAGUGUUCGAUUAAUUCUCCAUACAGCUAUGUAAUUACCCCCAUGUUUACUUUGACAAAACACUGUUAAAUCAGUCAGACUUUAUUAAAUCACAUUACACAAUCUUUUUAGUUGUUAUAUGCAGGUGCUCAUCAGUAUUAAUAAUAAUUAUAUUUUAGAACAUUGAUGUACAAGUAUGCUUUAAUUAUUGUUUCAUCAGAGGAUGACAUGUUGUAAGUGAACAGAUUAAUAUUGAUUGAUUGUUGUUUGCUUAUUGUUCAGUGGCAAAUAUUUUAUUCAUAUUCAGGAUGAGAACAGAUAACAAUAAAUAUUAAAGGUAUGUUUUGCAAAGUGGGUUUAAAUGGACUGUAGGAUUGGGAAUUAAGACUGCCACUGGAAAAAGAAAAAGUUAAAUAACUUGAUUAUGAGUAUACAUGUAUACACAACCUUUGUGUCAGUCACCAUUCUUUACUUAUUUGAGGAUACUGUUGAAUCAGAGACAGGAAUGUUUGACAUAAAUGUUUCAAGUUCUAUUCUUCUCAAAUUUUAAGAUUUAGGGAAAGCUAUCUCUUUCAUUUUGUUUGUACUUUUUUGGGGUGUGAAUAAAAGAAAGAUUGCAAUUAAACUUAUUUAAAUACAAAGUGUUUUGAUGCCAUUUAAAAAAUUUUAAUAUCACAGAUGCAACAAUUGUUUGUUAUUGAUGGUGUAAAGGCACAUUACUGUGAUUAUUUGUUAUUGAUGGUGUAAAUGCACAAUAACUGUUAACUGUAUGCAUAUUAUAAUUUGUUUUAAUUGUUUUCUUUGGAGUAUUAAUAAAAGGAAUUUGAUCCAA